AACGAAACAAAUUAACAGCUGAUGGAAUCACCGCCAUAUAAACAAAAUACAGCAAAAUCCUGGGCAAUCAGGUGGUAUAUUUAUGUAGAAAAAUGCCAAUUACCGACCAGGAGAAAUUAGGUAUAGUUGAUUUUCUGGCAAAAGAUGAGCAAAAUGUACCGGCACUGCUGCAAGUGGCCAGAAGCGUGACAAAAAACAUUUGCGACGUAGCAACAACGCAAGAGGCACUGGACUACGUGUAUAUACAAAUUGGAGAUACACUAACGCUGCUAAACAAACGGGCUAUAACAAGAGAAAUGCUUUUUAAAUACUUACAUCAACGUAAAAUUCAAGUCAAUGCAGAUUUCACCAAAGGCGCUUUAAUAAGUAGAAUUAUUGAAUAUUGGAACUCUAAAUUCGAGUAUAACAAUGAUAACUCUUUACCUAAUACCACUACGAGCAUAACAAGAUUAACCAAUGUGACUGAAAAUAAUACAGCCACUAGCAUCACGACUAAUCUUAGCACAUCACAACAAGAGAAUGAAACUCAGUAUCCCAUUCAUUUACUGGCGCGACAGUUUACUGAAUGGUUUUUUAAUAACCUAAAUAAACAAACUGUAAAAGCAGAUGAUUUUUGGUCAGAUUGCCAACUACAAUUGCGAAUUGCCGCUACCGAUCAAAUUAAUGAUUAUGAGUGUACAGGUACAGAUGAAGUAAUCUUUACGCUUUUAGGUUCAAAAGAACAAUUUGGCUUCUACUUCAAUCCGAACCUCACGCAUGCUGGUGUUCAAGGUCGAAUGAAUGUGCAUGGUCUAGUACUGGUAUUGGCAUGUGGUACACUUCACACAGAGCAAAAUUGUGUAGGCGUAUUUGAGUGUACGUUUGGCCUAUUGCGUGAUCCAUUCGCUGAGAACAACUGGAAGGUGAAAACAAUGAAAUGCAUACUGCGCAGCCAGCUAGCUGCUGUAAUGCCAAGCUUGUGUGAAAGCGAAACACUCGUAGAGGCACUUCAUUUACCGAUUCCAGAAGGAGAAAUUACGUAGCAUUAGCAGAUAUAGAUACCGACUAUCUACGAAAUCUAGUAUCUUCAAUAUUUAUUUAUUUUAAUUUUAUUGCUAAUAAUAAAUUAUUUUCAUUCAAA